AGUGAGGAAUUUGGGCAUCUGCAGCUGUUGUAAAGUAUGUGUAUUUCUUUUGUUAGCUCAUAGCUGCUUGUUUCGAUUCCCAAGAAAUGUUGAGGAGUAUAGAUUGUUUUCCAAGCGUCUUACGUGGGGAUCCUUUGAAGCGUUUUAGCAGGACCAUUGACAACAGUUCUAUAAAAACUGCUGUGGCCUCCCUAUGUAGCAUCUUAUUUUGGUAUUUACCACAGCUAUAUUACUUGAACUUUGAAGGAAGUGUGGAGCUUGUUUUCUGCUGUUGCCAUGUAAACUUUUAAUCUCUCCUGAUUCUAAAGGUCUGGCUUCAUUUGCAAAUACAUUUCCUAUGGCUUGUCAACAAUGUUUUGUCUUGAGGUUUUAUUAUGUGGCGAUGAAGGCAUUUUGGUUCAAAAUUUAUUUUUGAACAGCCAACAUGACUAUGUUUUUGUCGUAUAGGUAGAUGUCUGGCUUUUCUGGCCAAACACUGAGAGCUAUAGCUUGACAAAGCUUGAAAAAUUAUUUUGAAACAUGCAUCUCCUAGACCAGGUCAGUGUAUUCUAUGUUCAACUUAAUUCUUGAUUAGCUCUCUGCUAUUGUGUAAUUGUGAAAGCCUGAUCAUGAUUGAGCAUGUAAUGGUAAGUUAUAUACAUAGUUUCCAUGGUACUAUUCUUAUUUGAAGCAACAAUGUGCUUAACUAGGAAGUGCUGCUUUGUGCAAUGCUGGCACUACAAUUCAGAAUUCUUUUACAGAUGAGCUAUGCUAUUGUGGAAUUCACUGCCUCUAAAGAGGUUGAAAUUGUGCCAACUACUUGGGUCACCGGGAGCAUGUGCGUCUGGCCGCAUAAUGUAAAAGUGGAGAAGGCUGGGAAAAUGGCACGGAAGCAGCAUCCACCACAGUCAUGGUGGAAGCAGUAUGAAAUUGCUGUGAAAGGUUUGUUUGGUAAGCGCAUUUCAGUCAACUUAAGUCUUAAGCCAGGGGUGAUUACAUUGAUCACAUUUUGCACUUUUUCAGUUACCUAUGAACAUGCCCGGAAAAAGCUAAAUGACAGUCAGUUCCAUUCAGACCUGGCCAGUGAAACUGAAAUGCCCCCAUUGAAGAGGCGUAGACGGCCACCAGCAGCCUGGAGCAACUCUGACAGUGAAGAAGAGGAGGGAGAAACUGCCACAAGCCAGCCAAGACUGCCAGCCAUUCCAAAUAAUUUUCCAUCUGGAAUAACCUCGAAUGAAGCAACAAGUCUGCCCACAUUUGGCCAGGGAGACAAAGGCACACCAGGGACCCAGUUGUCAGAGACAAACUCGCCACAAGGCAUGUCUGAUAACCACUCUGUUGAUGCAGGUGAACAGAUAGAGCAAGAACGGCCACAAAACACACCUCAGCAUUGUUGUGUAGAGAAGAACUUCCAGCGGCAUGUACUACGACUCCUGAACACGCUUCGCUUCAUGCUAGAACAACAAGCAGACACCCUGAACAAGUUGUGUGAUAUGCUACCUACUUCUUCAGUCACCGAAUGCGCAGAUCUCUUAAGCCAUCCACUAAGCAGUCUUGAAGAACUACAAGAGUUUGACGACAAGCUCGAUGCUGGAAAAUUUAAGAUCCUGGUUCAUGAGUUGACACAGCUUGGCGGGAAAGAUGCCUACUGGGCAACAAAAAGAAUCUUGUCAUAUUGCAUCACAGACGAGGUUGCGGCACAAUUUUCCUGGAUGGGUCGAAAAGGAAAACUGAGCUUCUCCGCCUUAAAGAUUGCUAAAGCCAUAGCAGAUGCUGCUCGCAAAGCGCCAAAUGCAACUGCUGCUGACGUUGAGGCCUCUAUCAAAUCGUGGCUCCGGCAUGCUCCCGAGCGCCUUGCCACCAAGUUUCAGAAGUCAAAGCCAAGACUACUUGAGCAGGCAGCAGAUACUGACUGAAACUGUCACCACGGCAGAGGGUCCAAGGCUUCCAGCUUCUGAUUCUCUGGUCAUUCUGUGGAUAUUGAUGGCAGCAGAUAGCCAAUGGCAAAGACAAGGACCAUGCACUGUUGGCAACCAGCUCAACCACAACUUCAUGGUGGUAUUUCUCAACCGAUGUGCCACCUCCACGCUUCAGUAUAAUACCUUUCCUUUAAAAAAUGUGAAGGGUGCUGUCACAAUUCGUGUUUUGCAGGUAGCAUCCACUUUAGGCAUUUGAGGUUAUGGGCAACAUAGUGUUUUUUUAUUUGAUGAAUAAUUUUUUUUAAAGAUACAGCUGAACUAAAGGACAUUGCAAGUUUGACUUUUGACUUGUGUCCACUGUAUAAUGUAUGUAUGUUAUCCACUGUUAUUGUGAUCCUCAAAAUCAUGUGCAGUUUCUGUUGCAUUGUUACCAAGUGCUUUGGAGACUGUUGCCGUCAUACGAGAUAGGUGAAAAUGUCUAGUCAGCUGUAAAAGCUGUACAGGUCUAGUUUCUACGUAUUGCCCACUCCUCUGGAACACACGGUAACUCUCCUUCCAUUGCUACUUUCUAUACCUGCCUUCAGGCAGCAACACAAGCUUAUGCUAGUGCCACUUUGGAAGCAGCUUGCAUUCCUGGAAACGAAGGCAACUUUACAUUGUUUACUUAAAAGCCAGUUAACUAACUGCCAUGUAUUAAAUUGAAUGAUCCAGACCAUAAAAUGCUCUUUUUGUCUAAUUUGAGCAAGGAUGGGGAACCAAUAAGUGCAAAUUUUUAAAUAGGAAUUUAAGCUAAAUAUCGCUCUUGCAUGUAUGUUUACCAUUUGUAACAGUUUCUAGCACUUUGAGGCAGUAUCUGUGUUAUAAGUUUUGCUACCAAACUCUUGAAUGCAGAGUUCUGUAUUUCUAAGCAAGUAAUUUCAUACUCGAAAAGGUCACUUUUUUUUUGAAGCUACUGACAGAACUUUGUUCUGCAGUUGUGCACAUAGUGAAGUACGUGGUUAUAUGUUUGCACUGUUAACUGGAUUCAAUGUUCAGAUAUUGUGAAAAUAGUUCUAAAAGUUAAAUUCUUCUGCUGCAGCUGUAUUGUAAUAUGCUAAUAUAGCCCUCAACUGCUUUGCAGAGCUUAGGAUACUACAGUCACUCCCUAAGUGUAAUUAGUGGCUGUAUUGUGAUGACUAAAGCACUUUACUCAUAGUAAGCUCAACAGCUCUUACAUGACUUGUUCUCUGUUGCAAAUGAUGCGAUACAUUUUUAUUCUUAGCAAUAGUAAUGUUAAAUUUCUUUAUUCAACUUCUCUUGCUAUAUAAUGCAGUAUUUCCCAUCGUGAGUGGCAGUGGCCGCAUUUUUUUUUUGAGGUAGUGUGUAGUUCUUUUUAUUGGUUAUGCUGAAACAAGGUGGUCUGUGUGCAAUUAUGUGUAUGUUUAAUCCAAUCUAGUCAGAAUCUGUAAGCUAAUGGUGUGCUUGGCCCACAUGUCCCAGCUAUGCUUGGUUUUUCUUAAUUUAUUGUCAUAAAACUGAACUUUUAGAUGUUUUAUGCCCUCACUUUUUAGUAGGGUUGACAGAGUAGAGCCUCUGGUCUUUGUUUUGGAAUUUAAUGUCUUUAAAUGUUUUUAGAUGUAUGCCUCAUGCGCUCAUAUUUUAGUUACCUUAGUGGUUUAUUUUCAUAUGUAGAAGCCAUGUCCAUUUGUACGGAUAUUGUGCUUGGUGAGAAUAAGGGCUGUGACAGCUUGAUGGCAUUAUGUUUCUUUGAAGGAAAGUGCCCUUAUGUAUUGUUUCUGGUGGCAAGAGACAAGUCUCUCAUCAUAUCGUGCUUUGGAGUAUAUAUAUUUAGUGAAAUCUAGUCAGAAUCUGCAAGCUAAUGAUGGGCUUGGUCCACAUGUCCCAGCUAUGCUUGUUUUUUUUGGUGGUUUUUAAUUUGACAUCAUAAAACUGAACUUUUAUUUGUUUUAUGCACUCACUUUGUAACUGGGUUGAUGCAACAGAGCUCGUUGUGUUUAUGUUGGAAUUUAAUGCCCUUAAAUGUUUUUAGAUGUGUCUUAUGCACUCAUCUUUUAAUAAAGUUGCUUUAGAGGUUCAUUUGCAUAUGUAGAAGCUAUUGAACGAUAACCAUGUCCAUUUGUACGGAUAUUGUGCUUGACGAGAAUAACGGCUGCGACAGAUUUAUGGCAUUAUGUUUCUGGGAAUAAAAGGGCCCAUAUUUAUUGUUUCUAGUGGCAAGAGACAAGUCGUGCUUUGCAGUUCUAUACUUUUAGUGCUUGGUGUUGUCUUUGUGUUAGGUUUACUAAAGUAUAGUUUCAUAGAAAAUGUGUAAAAAUUUGAGUUGAUCUGCUGAUCACCCCCUACAUUCCUAGAUUUCUUCUGAUGCACUAGAGCUGAUGACACUAUAUCCACUUGCAGGCUAUUUGUCUUAAGCAUUGGAGGUAGGCUUUGCAGUGCUUGUUCGCUGGAUGCAGAAGCUCUUCUACUGUGAUAACACAAGACCAGAGCCCACUGUUUUUUUGCUUGUUUUUGCUUUACUGUGAAUAAAAAUGAAAGCUGUAA